UUUUAUAUUACGGGAGAAACGUGUAGCGGAAAGUCAGUUGUAGUGCGAACUUUACAUGCGAUAGAAGGAUACACAAAUUUAAAAUUAAACUGUUUAUUUCUGAAGCUGACAUCAUGUCUACGACUUCUUUCUAUGAUGUCGGGGAUGUUAUAUUACAGAACAUGAAGUUAAACCAAUUGAGACAACAACAACAAAAUCAAAGUGCUGAACGAAGGAAUACAAUUGGUGCACCAGUGAACAUUCAACGGAAUAGGAAUUUCUCUAUCGGAAAUUUUACUCCAGUGACUGGGAAUAACGUUACACCUGUGAUUCCUAUGGAUAACCAGAAUGGAUUGAAUGAUCAUAGAAAAUUGGAUAGAUCUUACAGUGAGCCUUGUGAUAGAACAAUGAAUAACAACACAAACUUGAACACUCAGCAGCCUCAGAAACAGCCUGCUGUGAAUUCCAGUAGAUAUAAGACUGAACUUUGUCGUCCGUUUGAAGAAAGUGGACAUUGUAAAUAUGCAGAUAAGUGCCAAUUUGCUCAUGGAGCACAUGAACUCAAACAAUUACAAAGGCAUCCGAAGUACAAAACUGAACUCUGUCGCACAUUCCACUCUAAGGGAUUUUGUCCAUACGGACCUAGAUGCAAUUUUGUUCACAAUGACGAUGUUAGCAAAUGUAAUGAAAAGAACAAUCGUGUCUUAUCGACGCAGGUAGUUCAGCAACAACAAGCUACGCAGUAUUUCCAACACAUCUCUCCGCCUGGGUUCAGUCAGUCACCGCCACCAAUGGUUCAGCGACCAACUAGCAUCAGUUUCAAUUCUAGUUUCAAUGGUUCUUUGGGCUCCUCCGUGGAUUCAUCACCACCUUCAAGUGUGGGUAGCGAAAGCCCAUCACUUAGUCCAGUGUUUUUCGGAGAGGACAUUCAAAUGUUGAAUCCUGGAUAUUUACCAAUGAACAACGGGCUCAAUUUUGACAAUUCUACAAAUGGUAAUGUGUUCAAUAUGCCAGAAAUGGCACCCAUAGAUCUCGCUCCUUUAAACAUUCAAACGCAAUUGAACGCGGAUUUGGGACUGUUAACGCAGCAAUUCAAUGCCUUGUUAAACUUGAACAAUCAUAGCAAUAACAACGAAAAAGUUUCCGCGUUUGAGGAAUGGGACUCAAACCUGUUUACGGCACAGCCACCGGCUUCACCAGAUUCAAUUUCAGGCGAUAGUGUAGGAAGUGCUAGCAGUUUUGGUACUAGUAACACUUUUUCAUCGUGUGGUUCACCCAUGGAGUCUGGAAAGAACUUUAGAUUACCGGUAUUCAAUCACAUUUCCCAGGAUUAAGAAACUUUGUGAUCCAUUUAAAUUGCCUUAUUGGAUAGCUGUUGAAAAUGUGUAUUUUCUAAUUUUAUAUUUAGAUAAUCUGGGGGUUGACUGCAACUAAUUUUACUGAACAAUAAAUUGUGACUAGUAUUUCAUAUGAUCACAACAUGGUUACCCUUGUUCUAGAAUUUUGGACAGUAAUGUUUAGAUCCGAGGAUAGUACAUUAAAUAUUGCGGUGAACCCUCUUACUUAUCUUGAUAGUUCACCUGUAUGAAAUGUUUUUCAUUCCUGUUUUACAUAUUUAUUUUUUGAGAGAUACAGACUUCAGGCGAAGUCAUAAUUUGACAAAUUGUGGUAAAUGUAGCUUAUAUUGAAGGUUACACAUCCGCAGAUUUUAGUAUUAAAGUAUUAUUAUUUUCCCAGGGCAAUUGUAGUUUUUUUUUACUUGGAAGUGCCUAAUGUUAUUGUAAUUUGUCAGGUACAAUGUGUGCUAAUCUACACUGUUCAUUAAUACUUGCAUUCAUGAGUCUGUUUACUGCUUUUCACUCAUAAUUUGAGAAAAUAUUUAUUGUAUUAAACGUUCAUGCAUUUAAAUUAUUAAUUUCUCUCAUAUUUUCGUACCUGUAAACUCAUUUUGUUUUUUUUCCAUUGAAUCAAGUUAUGUUCAAAUAUUAAUUUGUUAAAUUAUUAAAAAUUAUCAAAAAAAAUCCAAAGAGUUUGGGAACAUUUAUCAUUUUGCAAUUUCCAUUUCUUCAUCUCACUGUUAAUAUCCAUUGAUCAUGUUAUUUAUAUUUAACGAAACAAAAUAUCCAGGUUUGGAUGUACAAUUUAUCAUUUUUGAAAAAAAAGAUGUUAAAAAAAAAUAAAAUAUAUUUUCAAAGCUUA